AAGACAGAGAGGACAGACAAAGAUGAGAGAUCAUAAGGUGCAGCAGAAAUGCAGCAGAAAUACUAAAGUGGUUUGAGUGUGCUUGAGAACAGGAGAAAACAAAAAGGGGGAGUUAGAAAGAAAGAGGUAGAAAAAAAGGGAGGAGAAGAAAGAAAGGGAGUACAGCCAACUGGCAUAGCUUGAGUUAUUCGCCUCAGCUCUAAAAGUCUCAGGCUGCUCAGAAUCCAAACCACACGGACCAAGGUCCUCUCUGCUCUCUCUACAACUGCAGUAUGGAGGGUCUGUAAAAGGAGUUGGGAUCAGGGAGAUUGAGGGUACAGCACAGUUAAGAGCCACUGCUUUGUCUGUGGACUUUGGUAUCUGUUCAUCCUCCUUGAUGCAUAAUAGCAUCGGCUCAAUUCUGUUAGUAUCUAAGAGCCAGACCUACAAUACAAUGGGCCUGCAGAAUGGAGUAUGAUAUUGACUUCUACAGACAUUUUGCCUGGCUGAAGAAGGUAAACCUCCAUUCCCCUGGCAAUAGUGAGUCCUACCAGGAGCGCUUAUCACGUCUGGAGGGAGACAAAGAGUCACUGAUUCUGCAGGUGAGUGUGCUGACAGACCAGGUGGAAGCUCAAGGAGCCAAGAUCAGCGAUCUACAGAGUUCUUUAGUGGAGCAUCAGCACAAACUCAACUCCACAGAGGAGAUGCUACAGCAGGAGCUCCUGCAUAGGACGUCACUGGAAAGCCAGAAGCUGAAUCUUAUGGGGGAGGUUUCCUACCUGAAAUUAAAGCUGGCAGACAUGGAGGGAAAACAGGGCCAUGGGGCUGAAAGGCAGCACAAAGCGGAGACUGUAGUGAAUUUCAUUAGUGAGCUGCAGGAGCAGAUGUGCAGGUUUCAGAAGGAGAUCAAUACCAAGAUCCAGGAGAAAAAGGCCUUAGAAAUCCCAGCUGAUGGCAGCUCUCCAGUGGCCUGCCCCACUGAGUCCACUGAGGGCGAGGGCUCAAAUCCCGGGCCGUCCUGUGACAGAUCCUCAGGGGUGACACACAAACUAGAGGAGGUUCCAAAUGGGCCUGAUGGGAACACAUGCGGUCUGGAAGAGGGUAGCUCAGAUGCAGAGCACCAGAACCACUUCGGAGAAGAAAGUGUCUUACUGAAAGAGCUCAGGAUUCUCAAGGACAAAGUGGAGCACUUGGAGGAUCAGAAGAUACAGUACGAGAAGAAACUCAAAGUAACAAAGGCAGAGAUCAGCAGCCUUCAGCAGCUCCUGCUCAGUAAGAACGCUGAGAUCGAGAGCUUGCACACUCAGCUGCUGGCCAGACCCUCUCUAUCCCCCGAGAGCUCGGAGAGAGACCAGGAGCUGCAGAGGCUGAGGAGUGGAAUGAAGUCACUGGUGGCUGCCAAUGAUGAAAAGGACCGACGCAUUGAGGAGCUCACUCUGCUCCUGAAUCAGUGCAAGCAAUUCAGAGAAGUCACUCACACCACAAGGCAAGCUCCAUCUGCUGUUCGUUCAUUGUCAAAUGGCAGGACUCCAUCGAGCAGCAGUGAGGAAGAGGAGCAUGUACUGAUGAAGAAUGCUGACUCUGCCAGUACAAAAUCUGAGGAUGUAAAGUCUGAAGUUUCCAUAAGCAGUUCUUCCUCCCAGCAAACAUCUACUUCAUCAGCGCAGAAGGACAGUGAUUCCAGAACAGAACCACAUACUUUAUCAAGUAGCUUGAAUGAUCUGCCAAAUGGACCUUUACAAAAGAGUGGUCUGGAUGACACCAGAAGUCAGACGCUGCCGGUGAAUUCCUCUCUUUCAGAGCAGAAUGAGAGCAGAGACAGCAGUGAAAUCCACAGUCAGAGGUCUCCAGAUGGGAGCGAAGAUGGAGACUCCAGCCAAAGAAAGCCGGAGAAAGUUGAUGACAGCACUUCAAGCGAUAAUUCCCCCGUUCAUUCGGGAGCAAACACACAGGCGGGCCAACGAGCUGUGGGCUCACCAGAAUACAUGAAGAAUAACAGGAGCUUUAAGAGACUCUGGGGAAAACUUCGAAGAACCCAGUCUGGAGGGCUCCAGGCAGCGGAUCCAGAUGGCGGUCAGUUUAAAAGAGGAGGACUGCGUGCAACAGCAGGACCCAGACUGACCAGGACCCCCGAAUCUUUUAACUCUGCACGUGAUAUGAAUAUUCCAUUCAGCCAGUGGACCAAGGAGCAGGUGUGUGGCUGGCUAGAGGACUAUGGACUAGGCCAGUACGUCAAUCUCACCAGGCAGUGGGUUGAAAAUGGACAGACUCUGCUGUCUGCCACACCCCAGGACUUUGAAAAGGAGAUGGGCAUGAAGAAUCCACUGCACAGGAAGAAGCUACAGCUCGCUCUGAAGGCAUUCACCACUAAAGUUAUAGAGAAAUCGUCAGAGCUGGACUACAUCUGGGUCACUCGUUGGUUGGAUGACAUCGGUUUGCCUCAGUAUAAAGACAAUUUCCAUGAAGCCCGAGUGGAUGGUCGAAUGAUACAAUACCUCACAGUGAAUGACCUCUUGACUCUGAAGGUCACCAGCCAGCUUCAUCAUCUCAGUAUUAAAUGUGCCAUCCAUGUUCUCCAUGCCAACAAGUUCAACCCCAACUGUCUUCGACGUAGGCCGGGGGAAGAGAAACAGCCCUCUCCGUCAGAGGUGGUGCAGUGGUCUAACCAUCGCGUGAUGGAGUGGCUGAGGGCAGUGGAUCUUGCAGAGUAUGCUCCUAAUCUACGGGGCAGUGGCGUCCAUGGUGGGCUGAUUAUCCUAGAGCCACGCUUCAGCUCUGAGACUUUGGCCCUGCUGUUAAAUAUUCCUCCACAGAAGACUUUGCUCCGCCGCCACCUUGCCACCGCCUUCUCUGCCCUGGUGGGGCAUCAGGCCACGCAGGAGAAGCGAGAAUAUGGCAACGCCACAGGCCAUGUACCUCUCACUACCACGGCGAAAGUAAAGCCAAAGAAGCUGGGCUUCACCCAAUUCAGUCACCUCAGAAAGAGGAGACUUGAUGAAUCUGCAGACUAUAUCUGCCCAAUAGACAGUGGAGCGCUCACAGUGAACGGGGUUUCUCGCUUACCUUCUGCUGCACUCAGGAGCCUCAGCCCCACCUUGGACAGACAGGCUGAGAGGCGGGAGCACACGGGCGUAAAAGCUCAGGCGAAUAGCCCAAAACAAUAAUUUUUCAAAAAAUACAGCACGCUUUCCUCUCACUCACUAAGUGACUUUGUGAAACAGUGGAAAUUUGGAUGCAGAAAUGUACCCAAGAUGACUCCAUGUUGUGAUUUGCUGGAUGGGCUGCAAAGAUGCUGUGUUAAACAGGUGAUGUUAAUUGUUGUUAAUGUAUUUGUAACCAGAUGUUGCUUUAGCAAAAUUCAUCUAAAAUGGUGAUGAAUGGUGAUAUUGUGUUUUAUGAAAGCUGCUCUCUGCAUUCCUUACACAGAUGGAUUCCAAAGCUUAUACUUUUGCUUUAAAACAAUGCAUUUUACUGACUAUUUUGUAUCUAAACAUCUGGAGAUUUAGUUAGAAUACUGACAACCUGUUCUUGUUAUAUAUUUGGAUUGACUACUUCAACGAUGUCUCUCAUUCAUUCUCUUUGACUGACAAAUAAAAUCCCCAAAUUAAAUCAUUUCAUUUUUUUGACAGUAGACUUACUCCUCUGCACCAUCUGAUUUUGUAUAACUUAAAAUUCUGCAACUCAAACCCUGUUUCAUAAGAACAUUGUGAAUAUGCAAUAAUAAAAUAAACAUGAGGUCA